GCCGGCCGCCGCGGUGCUCCGCCAUGAUCGACUCGGUGAAGCUGCGCCGCGACAGCGCGGCCGACUUCUUCUCGCACUACGAGUACCUGUGCGCGCUGCAGGACUCGGUGCCGCUCCCCGCCGUGCGCGCCUGCCUCCGGGGCGGCGUGCUGGACUUCAACGCCGACCGCCUCCGCGGGGCUGACUGGGCGCCGCUGCUCAGCACGCUCAAGGUGAAUAGGGAUCUGCCCUUGAUCGCCAUCAGGAGCUGCUUCCAGCCCUGGCUGGGGGAAACAGGUUCUGACAUAAACAGAGUAUACAGAAAUCGUGUUCCUGCAAUAAGAUCCAAAGAUGUGACGUUCCAGUUAUGUAAAGCUCUUAAAGGCUGUUUAAGUGGAUCGAGUGUGUUAAAGAACCUAGAGCUAAAUGGACUGCUUCUGCGAGAGAGAGAUUUGGCUCUUUUAACAAAGGGAUUGAAUAAAUCGACCUCUUUAGUGCACCUGUCUCUUGCAAAUUGUCCAAUUGGAGAUGGAGGUUUAGAAAUUAUUUGUCAAGGUAUAAAGAACUCUAUCACUCUUAAGACAGUCAACUUCACAGGAUGUAAUCUGACAUGGCAGGGAGCUGAUCACAUGGCCAAGAUCUUAAAGUAUCAGGCCAUGAGAAGGCAUGAAGAAACCUGGGCUGAGAGUCUUCGCUAUAGGAGACCUGAUCUUGAUUGCAUGGCUGGGUUAAGGCGCAUUACACUGAAUUGCAACACGCUCAUUGGUGACCUAGGUGCAUGUGCUUUUGCAGACUCUCUUAAUGAGGACUUAUGGCUUAAAGCACUUGACCUGCAACAAUGUGGACUCACCAACAAAGGGGCCAAGGCUUUAUUAAAGGCCCUUGAAACCAACAGAACUUUGGUCAUUCUGGAUAUAAGAAAAAAUCUGCUUAUUGAUCAUUCAAUGAUGAAAGAAGUUAUCAAAAAAGUUUUGCAGAAUGGGAGGAGUGCUAAGUCAGAGUACCAGUGGAUAACUUCUCCAUCUGUGAAGGAAUCAUCCAAAACUGCUAAACAGAAAAAGAGAACUAUUGUUCUAGGAAGUUGUCGGAAAGGAAAAGCUACUAUUAGAAUUGGAUUAGGUGCAAGAAAACCUGUAAAUAAUGGAAGAAAAAAUGCUAUUAGUAAAGAAUGUUAUGCUCCUGAACCUCUACCACCAGGUGUGUCUGGUUUCUCGCCAUGGCGCACUGCAGAACGUGCAAAACGGACUAGGGGUUUUCCAUUAAUCAAAACUCGAGAUAUAUCUAAUCACCUGCAGUCAGAUUUUCCUGUGACAGUGACAAUAGAGAGUCCUUCAUCCUCAGAAAUUGAAGAGGUUGACGAUUCUUCAGAAAGUAUUCAUGAAGUGCCUGAGAAACCCAGUUUAAAACAAGAAGCAUUGCAGGAAAAACUGGAGGAGUGCCUAAAGCAAUUAAAGGAAGAAAGAGUAAUACGCCUUAAAACUGAUAAGCGAGUCACUGAGCUGGAACAUGAAAAUGCCCAGUUAAGAAAUAUAAAUUUCUCACUGUCUGAAGCCCUUCAUGCACACUCAUUGACAAGCAUGAUCCUGGACGAUGAAGGAGUUUUGGGCAGCAUUGAGAAUUCUUUUCAGAAGUUCCAUGCUUUCUUGGAUCUACUUAAAGAUGCUGGACUUGGACAACUUGCGACCAUGGCUGGUAUAGAUCAGUCAGAUUUCCAUUUAUUGGGCCGGCCUCAGAUGAAUUCUACUAUUAGUAGCCCACCUAAAGAGGAACAAAAGGCACUGGAGGAGGAGAGCCCAGAUCCAAAGCAUAAUGCCCUAGGACAAAUGCAAAAUAUCCAAGUUUCUAUUUGUAUGCAGUCAGCUUACAAUGAAGGAACACUAAUGAAGUUUCAGAAAAUUACAAGUGAUGCUACCAUUCCUUUGCCUCUCGAUUCCUUCCAUGUUGCAGUUUCUCCUCAAGAGGCCUCAGUGGCUUCCAGAGACAAGCUGGGAGUCCCAGCCCCUGAGCAGCAGCAAGAGUCUUUUGAAGGGGUCAUUGCUAGAAUAUGUUCUCCUUUAGUAGAUGUGGUUUCUGGGAAUGGAAGUCAAAGAGAAGAAGCAGCCAUGUCUAGAAAUUGCAGAUCAUCUUCAGAAAAAAUGAUCAAAAUAAGUGAAUAUGCCAAAAAACACUCUGCAAAGAAGAAACAACCUGGAAAGGACUUGCAUUCUGACUUGGAGCCUCCUGUGACCUGGAAAAGCAAAGGAAUUGGGGAAAAUAGCUCUUUGGCUAAUGAGCCAAUUAAAAACGACUCUGUGAAUAAAUACAUUUCUGUCAAGACAGAAAAUAGAGUAGUAACUGUCUCAUCUAAGACAAAUAAAAGUAAGCCCCGCCCAGUAGAGCACUCUGAGAGUGAUACUCUUGGAUCUGAUUUUGAAAUUCAAGAAAGCAUCCAUUCUGCAUCACAUCUGUCAUAGGCCUACCUAACCUUUUGAAAUUAUGUUUUUGCCUUCAAUUUUUAAUAAAUUUUCUUAUGUUUUUGUUA